UUUUGCUGUUGUUUGGCCAUUGUUUGGAAAUGUGGUCACUCUUGCUGGGCGUGUGUUGUGAAUUAGUAAUAUUAUUUGGCUUCCACUUAACAUAUCCUAAUUUUAAAGAAUUUUGUAAAUAAAAACGCCAUAAAAACCAAUCUGAGUUAUGGGUGUGUCUAAUCGCACCACUAGAAUCGCCCUUGGCAUAUCGGCGUUUUCGUUUCUGCUUUUUGUAAUAGCCUUUGCAACGCCCUACUGGCUGGUCACUGAUGGGCGUAUUCAGAAUCCACGUUUCACCAACCUGGGCCUCUGGGAGGUGUGCUUUAAUAACUUCCAGGACAUCCAUCGUUUCUACGACACACGUUUCAAUGGCUGCAUGUGGGUGUUCGAGGAGGAAUACUACAUAAUACACGACUUUUUGUUGCCAGGAUUCUACAUCGCUGUGCAGCUGUUUGCGACGUUAUGCUUCGUUAUGUGCCUCAUUGCAUUGCCGAUGACGCUAGCAUUCUUGCGCACAUCUCGCGACGAUGACCGUUAUGUAGUUUUGCUGCUCACCAUUGGCACUUGCCAAGUGCUGGCGUCAAUUUUUGGCUUCAUCGCGGUAGUCACAUUCGGUGCAAAAGGAGAUUCGCGUGAUUGGAUGCCCAACUGGCAGAAUAACGACAUGGGCUGGUCCUUUGCAUUAGGCGUAGUCGGUGCCGUUAUGUUGCUGCCAGCAGGCAUCCUCUAUAUGGUCGAAGCACGUCGCGAACGCUACAAGCGCCUCAACGAGAUCAGCAACCGCGAAGUGAGCGAAUAUGGCGACGAUUAUUAUCAGCAUCAGGCCGCCGUGGCUGCACCAUCAACAUCAGCUCCACCGCAGUCGUUUUUCGCGCCCGAGUCAAGUCGUCCGCGCCGCCCACAGCCUGGACAGCGUUUGCCAACUGCCCCACCACAUGGUGGCAUCCAGACGGACAUUUAAAUUGUAGCCUUUUUCAACGCACACUCACACAAAGUAUAUUCAGACUUUGAUAUGCCGCAACAUAUCUGACCAACAAAUCCGUCCCCAACCACGAGUUCAGCAAGUGCUCUUAUUUAUAAGUUGAAUGUCACGACUUCUCGAAUAUUUUAAACGAACGAACAUUCCAUAUUUUGUAUACCCUUUUCGCGUAACUUUUGAAUGUCAUGUAAUCGUUUUAUAUUUUAUUUAUAUGUGUUGUGUAUUGUCAAUAGUUUUUUUACACAAAUAAAAGUAAAUAUAAUUUUAUUAA